AUGGAUAUUUUUUCUCUUCUAUUUGAGGCUUUGGAUAUUUUUUCUCUUUUAUUUGAGGCUUUGGAUAUUUUUUCAUCUUGCAGUUUUUUUUUUUCUUUCAUUGUUUGGAUAUUUUUCUUUAAUUUCGGAUAUUUUUUUCUAUUUUUUUUGAUUAUUUAUUUUCUCUUGAAUUUGGAUAUUUUCUUUUUUUUUUUUUUCCUUGUUUUCUAUAUUUUCUCUCUUCAUUGCUUUGGAUAUUUUUUUCUUUUUUGCAUUUGUUUUUCUAUAUUUUUUCUCUUCAUUGAAGCUUUGGAUAUUUUCUUUCUUUUUCAUUGUUUGGAUAUUUUUCUCUUCUAUUUAUUUGGAUUUCUUUCUUUUUUUUUUGGAUAUUUUUCUCUCUUCAUUGCUUUUGAUAUUUUUUUCUUUUUUUUUUUCAUUGUUUUGGAUAUUUUUCUCUUGCAUUGCUUUGAUAUUUAUUCUUUCUUUUUUUUUUUCUUUCAUUUUGAGGUUUUGAUAUUUUUUUUCUUUUUUUUUUUUCAUUUGAUAUUUUUUAUUUUCUCUCUUCAGGCUUUUGAUAUUUUUUCUUUUUUAUUUUUCUUUAUUUUUUCAUUACUUUGGAUAUUUUUCUUUCUUUUUUCUUUUUAUUUGAUUGUUUUCUAUAUUUUUCUCUUUGAAUUUCUUGGAUAUUUUGAUAUUUUUUUUUUCUUUGUUUUGGAUAUUUUUCUUCAUUGGAUGCUGAUUUUUUUUCUUUUUUUUGAGGUUUUGGAUAUUUUUUCUCUUCUAUUUGAGGCUUUGGAUAUUUUUUCUUUUUGA